CCAUUUUGGCCCAAGGCGGCUCACGGGUGCAGGGACGGACACAGCCAGAGCGCACCCGCCGCCCACCGCCUGGGCCGCGCCAUGCUACAGCCUGCCGUGGCGACCAGCGCGCUGCGGGCCUGUGCCCUUGGCGCCCGCGCCGCCCAGCACCGCCCCGCGGCCGCGGCGGCCGAGAGGCUCGCCGUCAGGGAGGCCUACCGCAGGCUGGCCCUCCAGCUGCCGCUGCAGUGCUCCACGGACGACCCCGAGGUCACCGCGGUCCGCCGCGCGCUGGCGGCGCGCUCCGCCCCCGCCCCCGCGGGGCACGGCGAGCGGCGCGCGGGGCGGGGCUCCCCGCACAUGGCGCCCUGGGCCGGGCUCGCAGCGCCGGCGCGCGUCGUCUAUCGCGUGGAGUAG